AUGGACCUCCCACUCCGCCUCGAGGUGAAACGCCUCACACCACUACCCCUCCUCCCCUCCCGCGACGGGGACAUCCACCUCUCGCCGACGUCGAACUAUCCCGCGCCGCACGGUGCAGCGUUGCUUGGCGAGACGCUGCGCGUCUCCGUCUCCUUGCGCAAUGUGACAGGCGUGCCGUUCCCCACGUCUCCGCGGCACUCGCCCUCCCCGCGCCUCUCUCCCGCGCUCGGCCCGCCCUCACCGUCGCUCGCCUCUCCUCCCCUCGCCCGCACACGUUCCGGCACGCUGUCGAGCCGCUCGCGCUCCGGCACGCUCUCCGCUGAAGGCCGCUCGCGAUCCGGCACGCUGUCGAGCCGUUCGCGCUCCGGCUCGGCCGCGGCGCCGCAGGGAUUCGAUGUGCGCGGCGUGAAAAUGAUGCUCGAAGUGCAGUCGCCGAAUGCGCGCACACGCCUCGGCGAGGCCGUCCAUGGUGGCCGGGCGGCGGGGACGGAUCCGGCAAGCGCAGAGAACCGGCCAUGGGACGAUUUGCCGCGCCUCGCGCCCGGCGAGGGCGUGGACUUGGAUGUCGAGCACGACGUCGUCGAGCUCGGCGCGCAUAUCCUCAUCGCGAGCGUGGCGUGGGAGACGGAGGACGGGCGGCGGACAUUCCAGCGCUUCCUCAAGUUCAAUGUCACCGCGCCCCUCGCGAUCAAAACCCGCGUCCACCUCCCUGCCAAUGCGAAUACCGCUCUCGACGCAGCCAGGCGAAACGCAGUCUACCUUGAAGUGCUGAUGCAGAACGUCUCCCCUUCGCCGAUGGAGUUUCGCUCCGUUGUCCUACAACCUACGACAGGCCUGCAAGUGCGCGCGUUGGGCGGGUCAUCACCAGAAGACAUCAAAGCAAUCGACGCCUCCCUGCUUCCCCCAGGAGAUGCGCCUCCUACUCCCCCUGCCGAGCCGCUUCUGUCCGGCGACACAACCCAGCGUCUCUUCGCCCUCACGCCAGUCGACGAUGACGCCGAAGUCUCCUCCUUCCCGCCGCAGUACGCGCCCGGCACGGUCUUGCCCCUCGGGCGCCUGGACAUCGCUUGGGUUGCCGGCGGCGAGCCAGGCCGCUUCACAACCUCGACGCUGAACCGGCGCACGCCUGCUCAACCGCCCAGCCGCCCCACAUCAGCGAUUGGGAGUGCGCGCAACUCUCUCUCGGCCCGCUCCUUCGAGUUCGACCUAACCGUUGCUGGAGAGCGAUGUGCCCCCGCCGAGUCCGACAUCCCCCUGACGCUGCGCGUCGGCGUGCGCGCGCCACCCGGCCCCGCGCCCCCGCCGCUCCGCAUCGGCGUGCAGCUCUUGAGCCCCAUCACGGCGCCCGCGCCAGCCCCCGUCGCCGUCUCGGUCGUCCCCCCGUCGAGGACGGGCACGCCGCGGCCGGCCUCGCCCGCCCCGUCCGUCUCGAGCGGGCUGGAGCGCGAGCUCCGCCGCCCAUUCAGCCCGCUGCGCGACACGCCUUCGCGGCCCAUGACCCCCGUCUCGGCGCAGCUGCGGCACGCCGCGGUCGCGCACAUCUCGAGCCCGUCGCCCGCGCCGUCUCCCGUCCCGCCCUCCGCGCCGGCGCCGCCACAAGCGUCGUUCCCGCCGCUGCCGACGCUCGAGCGUCCCCCGCAGCCGCUCGCCAAGCGCCUUACCACCGCCACACUCACGCCGGCGGCCGGGACGCACGCGCCCUCGGUGCCGACCGGCGCGGCGGUGCGGCUCGGCCCGAGCCUCGUCGUGCCCGAGCCCAAGGAGUGGUCCGCGGUCCGCGAGCGCCCCGGCACCAACUAUGCCGCGGAAGCGCCCGGAGGCGGCGCGAGCCGCUGGGAAGCGGUGUACGAUGUGCCGGUGACGUGGCUCGCGCUCGAAGAGGGCCUGGUGGAGCUCGGGGGCGCGCGUGUGCUCAUGAUGGACAGCGAGAGUGUCGGGCGCGAGUGGGAGUCGCUCGGCGACGUCUGGGUCGAGGCUUAG